GGCGGGUGUCCAUCGUCGUUCAGUAGUGAUUCGUUAUCUACGUACGACGCACGCGCACAACAUGGCACAGGAUAACCUUGGCGCAAUUCUUUACAAGACGAAAGACUUACGAAUAGAAACAAUACCCCUACCCGAGACUCUCGGUGACAAUGAGGUACUCCUGAAAAUGGACUGCGUGGGCAUCUGCGGGUCGGACGUGCAUUACUGGCAGAGUGGGGCCUGCGGACACUUCGUGCUGGAUGCGCCCAUGGUGAUGGGCCACGAGGCUUCCGGAGUCGUUUGUAAGAUGGGUGCUCAAGUGAAGCACUUGUCAGUAGGAGACCGCGUGGCCAUAGAGCCAGGUGUCCCGUGCCGCUACUGCGAGUUCUGCAAGACGGGCCGCUACCACCUGUGUCCUGACAUGAAGUUCUGCGCCACGCCGCCCGUCCACGGCAACCUCGUCCGCUACUACAAACACGCCGCUGAUUUCUGCUACAAACUACCCGACAACAUAACAAUGGAGGAGGGCGCACUGCUCGAGCCGCUGUCGGUGGGAGUGCACGCGUGCCGGCGCGGCGGAGUGUCCGCGGGGGACGUGGUGUUGGUGCUGGGGGCGGGCCCCAUCGGGCUCGUCACGCUGCUGGCGGCCAAGGCCAUGGGAGCCAGCAGGGUGCUCAUUACAGAUAUUCUCGAAAGUCGCCUGGAGACGGCAAAGAAACUGGGUGCCGACCACACGAUCCUGGUGGCCAGAGACUCGAACGAGGCUCAUCUCGUACACCAAGUUCAUGAGACCUUGGGAGGACAUCCUGACAUCUCUAUAGAUGCCAGUGGGGCGCAGUCCACCGUGAGACUAGCUUUAUUGGCGACAAAGUCAGGUGGAGUGGCGGUAUUGGUGGGUAUGGGGAGCCCCGAACUGACGCUGCCUAUCGCCGGAGCUCUGGCGCGAGAGGUGGACAUCCGGGGCAUCUUCAGAUACGUAAACGAGUACCCCAUCGCACUCUCCUUGAUCGCAAGUGGGCAGAUCAACGUCAAACCUCUCGUGACUCACCACUUCUCUCUAGAAGAGUCCCUGGAAGCCUAUGAGGUCGCCAGAAAAGGUCUUGGCAUCAAGGUCAUGAUCCACUUGCAGCCCAGGGAUACCAAUAACCCUAAAAAAUUCGUCGCUCAAUAAAUUGCCAUAUUAUAAAAUUCACUCACUCAAAUUAACGAAUUUAUUGAAUUGUGUUGCAUUAGUUUUCGAUUCAGUUUAAAAUAUAUUCAUGUAACUAUAUGGUUAGGAUUGUUGUAAAGUUACCUAUGCUGAACUUGUUAAACGUGUUCAGAUAAAAAGCAUUUUUCUCCUUGUGCAUACCCAUUUUCAAGAAGUUGCCUAGUUUUCAAGACAUAACAGAAACUUCCAAGUUCUUAAUCUUCCAAGAUCAUAAUGCAUUAUUUAUUAGUUUUAAGCUAAGCCUUCAUAACUAUCCAGGUGUAAUUUUUUUCUUUUUUUUUAACGCUAAAAGUGGGACAAGAGUAAACCAUUGUUUUACCGUAUGGAUAUUUAUCGAUAUACUUAGUAUUACAAAAUAUCUGUGCGAGAGAAAUAGUGUAUCCUUUAAAAUUACAUCCUAUUGUAUGUUAAAGCCGUCAUAGCAGAGAUGGUAUAUUAAAUUAUUUAUAAAAAAUACAGGGAGUAUCGGAUUUAUUUUAUAUUUUUGUUAAAAGCUCCACAAUUAUUACUGUAGUUUAUUACUAUCUAGUCAAUCUAAACAUUGUUGUCUAUUUCGCACCUGAAAAAUAUGAAGUAUUUUGUAAUACCUACGUACAUAAUUAAAUACAAAUUUUAUUUAGAA